UUUUCCAAGGGAAUUGCAGUUCUCAAUACCUCUGUUGCACCACUUUUGAACCCUUUCAUCUACACCUUACGGAACCAACAGACCUGACCAAGUAGAGGACAGUAAUGGGGAACCACACAAGAGUGACAGUGUUCAUCCUAGCAGGUUUGACUGAUGAUCCACAGCUGGAGGUGGUGGUGUUUACCUUCCUGCUGCUCACCUACCUGCUCAGCAUCACUGGCAAUCUGAUCAUCAUCACACUCACCCUGCUGGAUACUCACCUCAAGACCCCCAUGUACUUCUUCCUUCGGAAUUUUUCCUUCCUAGAAAUUUCCUAUACCACUACAUGCAUCCCUAAAUUGCUGGUGAUGAUGGCAACCGGGGACAAAACCAUUUCCUAUAACAGUUGUGCAGCUCAGGUGUUUUUUGCCUUCCUUCUCGGAGCAUCUGAAUUUUACCUGCUGGCAGCCAUGUCCUAUGACCGCUAUGUUGCCAUCUGUAAGCCCCUGCAUUACACAGCCAUCAUGACCACUAAAAUCUGCACACAGCUUGUCUCCUGUUGUUGGCUUGCUGGGUUCUUUACCAUCUUUAUACCUCUCCUCUUGGGCCUAAACCUUGAUUUCUGUGACUCCAACAUUGUAGAUCAUUUCUACUGUGACACAACUCCUCUCAUGCAGAUCUCCUGCUCAGACACACGGCUCAUCGAGACGAUGGGAUUCAUUUCUGCUGUGAUGACACUCGUGGUCACCUUGGCAAUGGUGAUAAUAUCAUAUACGUAUAUUGCGAUAACAAUUCUAAAAAUCCCUUCAGCUAAUCAGAGGAAAAAAGCUUUUUCAACAUGUUCUUCUCACAUGAUUGUGAUCUCCCUUUCUUAUGGCAGCUGCAUCUUCAUGUAUGUUAAACCAUCAGUGAAACAGAGAGUAUCUUUUUCCAAGGGAAUUGCAGUUCUCAAUACCUCUGUUGCACCACUUUUGAACCCUUUCAUCUACACCUUACGGAACCAACAGAGUCAUUGAAUUUUACCUUCCGGCUGCCAUGUCCUCUGACCAUUAUAUUGCCAUAUGCAAACCCCUGCAUUACAGGACCAUCAUGAACUGUAGACUCUGCACACUCCUUGUCUUCUCUUCAUGGCUACUCUCAUUCUUAAUCAUAUUCCCUGCACUCAUGUCACUCUUGAACCUUGUUACUGUACUCAGCUCAUGUAGGUCUAAUAUUAUUGACCAUUUUACCUGUGAUUAUUUCCCCUGCUGCAACUUUCCUGUUCAGACACAAAAUUCCUAGAGAUAAUGGGGUUUUCCUGUGCUGUGUUUAUUCUCAUAUUCACUUUGGCAUUGAUAAUUCUGUCCUACAUGUAUAUCAUCAGAACAAUUUUGAGGAUUCCUUCUACUAGUCAGAGGACAAAGGCCUUUUCCAAGUGUUCAUCCUACAUGAUUGUCAUCUCCAUCUCUAAUGUCAGCUGCAUAGUUAUAUAUAUUAAACAAUCAGCAAAAGACAAAGUGUCUCUGAGCAAGGGAGUUGCUCUUUCUUUUGCAUAUGGAUAUCCACUUUUCCCAUACCAUUUGUUGACUUCUUGGCACCCUUGUUAUUGUGUGUUAUUGGUAUGCCUGUUACGGAUCAGUUGACUGUAUAUACAUGAUUUUAUGCUUGAGUUUAAACACCUUGGUAGCCCCCAUCAGCAUGGACCCCUUCAUUUAUAGCCUGAGAAAUCAUCAGCACAUCAAGAGAGCAUUCAUGAACAUGGUAUGGAAGACUAUUUUUUACAACCAGUUGA